AUGUUAUACUCAAAUACACUCAAGGCUCUGGGUGAGGACAGCCCUAAGGCUGCAUUCACCCACCAAUUACCCCCAAGUCCACCAGUUGACGGAUCUCAGCCUCCAUGCAUAACCGACGAUGUUCUAUUGAACUUGGUGCGGGAUGCGCCAGAUGAGCCCCUUGUUGGCUAUCCAAAGAGUGCGCAUGGUGUUAGCGAUUAUGAGUAUUAUACCCCGCGUGAUCUGCACAGGUUCGCCAACGGCGCUGUCAAGCGGUUUAAAUUAGCGGGCCUUCCAGAGUUCUCUCACCCCGCCGAGAACCGUGUUAUCUCCAUCCUUGGCCCCUCAAAUCUCGACUACAUCGUGUCGCUCUUCGCGUUGUCUCGAAUGGGAUACAGCAUUCUGCUACUUUCCACCCGCCUCAGCACCGAGGUGUAUUCCAGCCUACUCGCUCUGACCGAGUGCACCGAUAUUGUAUAUGCACAGUCCAACAAAAAGGCGGUCGAAAAGGUGGUGAAGCAUUCACCUGCGUCCAUUUUUCUAAUCCCGGAAUUUUCAGAAUACUCAAAUGGGCCAUCGAGUGUACCCUCACAGGCCUAUCGGACACCACAGGCUUCCCAAAAAUGGGCCUUUAUUGUCCAUUCUUCUGGCUCCACUGGUCUCCCCAAGCCAAUGUUCCAAACCCAGGGGGCUUGCAUCUCCAACUACAGUACCAGCAAGGGCUACCGAGCUCUACUCACUCUGCCACUCUUCCACAACCAUGGCCUAUCUACCUUUUUCCGCUCACUCUUCAAAAGGAAACUAGUCGCGAUCUUCAACGCCAACCUUCCGCUGACUGGGAAGAAUAUAUUGGAAACGUUGAAGGUCGCUGCCCCAGAGAGCUUUCACGGCGUACCGUACGUCUUAAAGCUCCUAAGCGAAACGGACGAAACACUCUUUGGAGGCAGCAGUUGCCCUGAUGCUCUUGGUGAUUUGCUAGUAAACGCUGGCGUCCGGCUGAUCAGCCCCUACGGAGCCACCGAGCUAGGACAAUUGAUGACAUCCGCACGACCCCCAGAAGACAAAGCUUGGAAUUAUGUUCGGCCGUUGGCAAAUGCGAAGCCUUUCGUGCAAUUUAAGCUUACUGAAGACGGCUCCUACGAGUGUAUUGUUCUCGAUGGACUGCGAUCCAAAGUCGCUUCCAACUCUGACGACCCUCCCGACUCUUUCCACACCCGCGACACUUUUCUCAAGCACCCUUCUAUCUCCGAUGCCUGGAAAUACCUCGGCCGCAUGGAUGAUCGGGUCACACUGGUAAAUGGAGAGAAGGUUCUUCCUGUGCCGAUCGAACAUCGUAUCCGACAAAACAUAUCCGUGAAGGAUACCCUCGUAUUCGGUGUGUCAAAGCCACUCCCAGGGUUGAUUAUGGUGCCGAGCGUCGAGUCUAAGGGACUUUCAUCCGAGGAAAUCCUGGAUCGAAUCCGGCCUGAUAUUGUGGCAGCCAACCAGAAUGCCGAAGCCUUCAGUCAAAUCUUGCGCAAUAUGGUCAUUAUCCUCGAUCACUCUUGUUCUUACCCAAUGACUGAUAAGGGAACCAUGAUCCGGAACAAGUGUUAUAUAGAGUUCGACGAUCUCAUUCAAGCUGCGUAUACACGUCUAGAAAAUGGCGGUGGUAAUCAAGGGCCCCGUCACGUUCUACAGUUGCCGGAAUUGACAACCUUUGUGCUGGAUAUAUUUCGCGCAGACCUUGGCUUCUCGAAUAUCUCAAUUUAUACCGAUCUCUUUGAGGCCGGUGUCGACAGCUUGCAGGCAAUCAAGGCGCGUGGUAUUCUUCAGUCACACAUUGAUAUUGGAGGUGCCUCUCUCGCGCACAGUGUUGUCUUUGACUGCGGCACCAUUGAAAAGUUGGCCAAGCAUCUGAAUGCGCUACGCACAGGAGAUGACUGCGUCAAUGAGACCGAGUUGGAAGCGAUGUCACAAAUGAUCACUCAAUAUUCGACCUUUCUCAAUCGGCCACCUAGUGAUCAAGUUGUGAUUCUCACGGGUGCCACCAGGUCACUGGGAGUAUAUAUCCUGUCUCAACUAUUACACAAUCCUUCGGUGAAAAAGGUUUUCUGCCUUGUGCGUGCAACGUCCAAAAACAACGCGCUGGACCGCGUGCUUUCGAGUCUAUCCUCCAGGUCUCUACCGUUUACAACGCAAGACCUAGGUCUUCCAGCCACAACCAUCGAUGAACUGCGUAGUUCGUUGACACAUGUCAUUCAUGCAGCCUGGGCCGUAAACUUCACCUUGGGUGUUCGCAGUUUUGAGCAACAAUAUAUCAAAGGCGUUCACACCCUGCUCAAUCUCUGUCUAUCCAGUCGCCGAUCUUCUCCCGCGGAGUUUUACUUCUGCUCUUCGAUCUCUGCGGCUGCCGCUACACCUCUUCCAGCGCAGAUCGCCGAAUGUCCGAUUCCUGAACUUGCACAUGCCCAGAAUAUGGGUUACGCUCAGUCCAAGCUUGUGGCUGAGCGAAUUGUUCAUGCAGCCGCGCUGACUACUGGGAUGGUAGCAAGGGUUCUCCGAAUCGGACAGAUUGUCAGAGACACUGCUACUGAGUAUUGGAACCCGACUGAGGCGAUUCCACUUAUGCUCCGGACCGCAAAGACAUUGGGAGCGCUGCCAGCGUUAGAUGAGACUCCGGCAUGGCUUCCGGUUGAUGUAGUUGCCAGAUCCAUUUUAGAGCUAAGUGGGAUCGUCUCCAACGAUAAAGCCAAGGCUCUUGCUCACGACCCCAGCGUAGUCUACCAUGUUCAGAAUUCCAGAACUUUCCGAUGGACAGAGGAUCUCUUGUCAGCUCUACAGCAGGCGGGCUUGAAAUUUGAUGUCAUUCCCAAGAAAGAAUGGGUGCAACGUCUGCGUGAAUCCGAGCAGGAUCUGCGGAAAAACCCAACGAUCAAACUGUUGGGCUUCUUCGCUGAGAAAUAUGAUAACGAUACCCCCAGUUGUGCAGGACUUUCAUUUGCCAUGGAAAAGACGAAAAGCGCGAGUCCUUCGCUGAAGCGUGGUGUGGAGUUGAUUGAUUCUGGCUUAAUCAAACGAUUUGUGGAUGCGUGGGCGCUGCGGUGGUGA